AUGAAAAGUCCGAAAUACAUAAUACAAUUACUAAUAGUGAACCUUGUUUUACUUUCAAAUUGUGUCCAUGCAGUUUUAAUUGACAAGGCAUUUACUUCAACUGAAUCUAUAAAUUAUCUUUUUCAAACACCAGUUGAUAAUUUACACAUUUUACACAAUGAUGUAUUGGUAGCUAAGAACGCUGCUCAACAAUGGAUUGGAAUUGACGUAUUGAACAACAAUUUAAUUCAAUGGAAGUUAAACCUGGAUGUGAUUAAAGACUAUCAACUUUUGUUCACUCAUGAUAAAAUACUUGGAUGGAAAUUGAAUGAGCCGGAAAUCGUUGAAAUUGACACAAAUGGCGGAGUUAACUUUGCUGAUACAGGUGUGAGGAUUGGUCACUUGUAUGAAUGUGAAUAUGGUGAUGUCUUUGUCUUGACGAGUGAUAAUUCAUUGGUUUACAUUGAUCAAAACAAGGUCAGCCACCAAGUUCACCCGAAUGUUUCAAACUUUGUUGUUGAUUGUCAUCAGGGAUAUAUCUAUCUCAUUAUUGAUAGCACAUUUUUGAUAAAGUUGUCUACUAAAGGUGAAAAAUUAUAUGAAAAGGAAGUUUCCUUGGGAUCCAUAAGAGAAUUUAAAUCGGGUAUCGCAAUAACUCAAAACGAUCAAAUUUUUAGACUUGAUCAUCGCUCCAAGGCAUUCAAGAGAAUAGAUAAUGACGAGUUUGGUAAUUUAGUUGUUAUUGAUUCAAGUUAUUUGUAUUCACAAUCUCCACAAGAUAUUAAAGUGAUCAAUAUUGAAAAGAAGGCCAAACAGGUGCAUGGAAUUAAAACUACAUCGAAUGUACAAUAUUACUCAACUACUUUACAACAUCUCUUGAUUGUUAGUGAUGGCAGUUUACGUCAAGUUUAUGAUUUAACUGAUUUCUUGUAUACUCAUGAUACAAAAAGCAUAAAGAAAUUCCAAUUUAAGUUGAAGCAAAACUAUCCUUAUCAGUUGAUUGCUACUACACCAAACUUCCAAUUGGGAUAUGUUGCCCUCGAUGAGAAUCUUAAUGGUGAAGUGUUUAGUUUAUUCGAUGGAAAUAAGAUGAAGAGCAUCAAGCCAACAAAACCACAAUAUUCAGCAGACAAAGGAAUCUAUAUCAUUGUUGAUUUUCCUGAAUCAGACAAGAUCAAAUCCGAGGUGUACAAUCUUGCCAAGGAAUCUAAUAAUGGAUUAGUAUUCACCAAUUGGUUACAUCGUGUCAUUAGACACUUGAAUGAAUUAGGUCGAUAUAUCGUUGAUUAUAAGCACUGGUUUGAUUUUGAGGAUUCGUCAUUGGAUGUGUUUAACAAAUUGAUUGUCUUUUAUGAUUCAAAAGAACAUAAGGUUAUUGCAUUGAAUUCAUAUGAUGGUGAAGUUGCUUGGGAAUCAUUUCCACUAGGACUCGACAGUAAAUUCAUAACUUUGAAGCAACUUGAUACACAAGAUGGUCAAGGUGAAAUCAUUGUGAUUUUUGCUAAUGAAGUUUAUAAACUUUAUUCUCAUAAUGGAUCAAUUGCUCAAAUUGCGGUUAAUGAUGGUGGAUACACAAGUAUUGUACCAGUUGAUACAUUUUAUGCAUUGGAAAAUGAUCACAAAUUCAUUAUACCCCAAAAAAAUCCAAACGGGGGUAAAUUAUACUUUGCCAAAACAGUGAACAAUAAUGAAAUUGACGGACAUGUAAUUCUCUCAGGUUCCACUGAAUCCGUUCAAACAUGGUCUUACAAUUUCAAUGAACCAAUCGUGGCACAAGCUCGUAUAAACAAUCAAGAUUCACAAGUGUCAACUAUUGGUAUACCAAAAUCAGACAAAUCAGUCUUGUACAAGUAUCUCAAUCGAAAUUUAAUUGGUGUAUUGACAUUGGAAGAUCAAUUGAAAUUUCAUUUACUUGAUGGUAUAUCAGGGGAGUUAUUGUUUCAACAAGCUCAUAAUAAAUCGGAGUUAAUUGAUCCAAAUUCGAUUCAAUUGAUUAUUGAUGACAACUGGAUCGUGUAUACAUAUUUCACAAAGCAACCACGAUUAGAACAACGAAUCAAUGUGAUUGAUUUGUUCACAAAUAAAAAGGAUAAGAAGACCCAAGAAGAAUCCAAAGUUGGUCAAAUAUUCACUGAAUCAUUUAUUUACCCUGAACGUAUCCUUGACUUGUCAUCAACUCAAUCGAAAUAUGGCAUCACUUUAAAAUCAAUAAUUGCAUACACUGAAUCAGGAAAUCUUGUUGAAAUACCGAAAUUCAUCUUAAAUUCAAGACGUCCUCAACAUCAAUUGAAACCAGGAGAACUUCAAGAUGAUUUCAGGUUGACUCCCUAUGAACCAAUAAUACCAAAGAACAAUUAUCAAACGAUUAAUCACAAGUACCAACUUUGGGCAAUUGAGCAAAAUGGAAGAAGCUCUGUGUCGUCUACUCCUUCUUCUUCUUCAUCCAUUUUAGUUAAGCCGACUGAUUUUGAAAGUACUGUGGUUGUAUGUCUUGUCAAUGAUCAGGUUCGUUAUUGCUCAUUAGUUCAACCUAGUUUAUCAUUUGAUUUAUUGAAUCCUAAAUUUGAAAAAUUGAAAUUGGUGGGAACGAUUGUUGCCUUGUUUGUCGUGUUUAUUGUGACAAAGCCAUAUGUCGCUAAUAAGAAAUUGAAAUCACAAUGGUUAGAUUACAAAAAAUGA